AUGAAGAACAUGAGGUGGGAUAAUCAAAGCACUGCAUCUGAAUUCGUUCUCCUGGGGCUCCCCAUCCAGCUGGAAGAACAAGGCAUGUACUACACCCUGUUCCUGGUCAUGUACCUGACCACAGUGCUGGGGAACCUGCUCAUCAUCCUGCUCAUCAGGCUGGACUCCCACCUCCACACUCCCAUGUACUUCUUCCUCAGCCACUUGGCCUUUUCUGAUGUCUCUUUAUCAUCUGUCACUGUCCCAAAGAUGCUCAUGAAUAUGCAGACACAGAGUCAAUCCAUCUCAUAUACUCAGUGCAUUUUUCAGGAAUUUUUUUUCUUAGUAUUUGGUUGUCUUGACAGCUUCCUUCUCACCUCGAUGGCAUAUGACAGGUAUGUGGCCAUCUGUCACCCCCUGCACUACAUCACCAUCAUGAGCCAGAGACUCUGCUUCCUGCUAGUUAUUGUGUCCUGGGUCUUAUCCAUUGCCAUCGCCCUCGUGCACACUCUUCUCCUGCUCCGACUGUCUUUCUCUAGAGACAAUACCCUGCACCACUUCUUCUGUGAUCUCUCUGCCUUACUUAAAUUGUCCAGCUCAGACACCACCAUGAAUGAGAUGGUUAUUCUCACUGUAGGAACUGUGGCCAUUACCUUGCCAUUCAUAUGCAUUUUGGUGUCUUAUGGUCACAUUGGGGCCACCAUCCUGAGAGCUCCCUCGACCAAGGGAAUCUGCAAAGCCUUGUCCACUUGUGGCUCUCACCUCUGUGUAGUUUCUCUCUACUAUGGAGCAAUUAUUGGGCUCUACUUUUUCCCCUCAUCCAAUAACAGUAAUGAGAAAGAUGUCAUUGUGGCUGCAUUGUACAGUCUGGUCACACCCAUGCUAAAUCCUUUUAUCUACAGUCUGAGGAAUAGAGAUAUGAAAGGAGCUCUGAGAAAUCUACUUGGUAGGGGAAAUUUUUCAGGGUAA